GUAAAAGUAACUUUUGGAACGUUGCAAUGCAAAAGCUAUAUAUAAAACCGGGCUUCCCUGAGUAAGUGAUCAGUGUGCAAAUUCUAAGCGUAGAAAAUGACAAGAGAGACUAUCAUGGGCAGUAACUUGAAGAACGCAGUGAUAGCUUUUCUUGUUCCAAUUCCUUCAAUUCUGUUCUAUCUUUCUCUCCUCAACCAUUAUCGCACCAUCUCUGAUACUAACAAUCUCUCUCCUUUCUGGACAUGGUGCUUUGACCACCCUCUUCUAUUAGUCAACAUCCUUUUCUUCUUCAACGUCAAUGUCCUCUUUUGGGUCAUUAGUCACAUCCAAUCAAGCCACUGGAUGAUAGAUCUGUACUGGACUGUGAUACCGAUAUUGCUUGUUUACUACUAUCAAACAUUUCCUUUUGCACAAUAUAACUUGUGGAGGUCCAGAAUUGUGAUAACAAUAACAUGGGUGUGGAGUUUGAGACUUACUCAUAACUACUUUAGGCGGGAAAAUUGGCAGUGGGGUGCAAGAGAGGACUGGAGGUUCACUGAUAUGCGUGGCCAGUAUGGCAAGCACUGGUGGUGGGUUUCCUUUUUCUCUGUCUACGUUUCUCAGCAGGUUUUUCUCAUUGGAAUAUGUCUGCCCUUUUAUACUGUUCACUCAGUUGAUAAACCAUUGGAUGCCUGGGAUUUUGUUGCCAUUGUUGUCUGUUUGUCUGGUGUCGUAAUAGCAUACUUUGCUGAUACACAACUCCAUGAAUUCGUGUCAAGAAACGACAAAUUGAAAGAACUUGGAAAGCCGAUUGUGCCCAAUCUUGAUAGGGGUUUGUGGUGUUACUCGCGGCAUCCUAACUACUUUGGAGAGCAGUUGUGGUGGUGGGGCCUGGUUUUGUUUGCAUGUAACCUGGGACAUGGAUGGACCUCUAUCGGGGCUCUAAUUAAUAGUCUGUGCUUAGCAUAUGUUACCGUGCUUGUAGAGCAGCGGAUGCUAAAACAACAGUACAGAGCUGAAGCAUACAGGGUAUAUCAGAAAACAACUUCAGUAUGGAUCCCUUGGUUCAAAUCAUCUGCCUAUGCUAACAAAGAUAAGAACAAUUGAUCUGAUUUGCAUUCCAAUGUUAAAUUUUAUCAGUUACUGCUUAUCUGCAUCUUUGGUAUUAUCUGUUAUUCAUCAGCAAUUGUCCAUGUAUCUAGUUGUUUAUUUGAGAUUAUCCGCAUUUAGUUUAAUAGACCACUCUAUCAAAUUGUGUAAAUUCGGUUUUCAUUUUCUAUGAAGUUUUCUAUGUCUGUUGAAUCUUUUCA